CCAACGAAAAUCGCUCACAAACGCAAACAAACACUCGCCGCACACGAGGAAGGACAACAACAUCCAAGACACUCAACAAGACAGCCAGAUACACACGCCAGCGAACCAGCCAGCAGGGAGCGGGACGUAUGGUGCUGGGAGAGUGAAGGGAAGACAAGCAGAGAGGAGACAACACGUUGUAAGCUUGCAGAUACAGAGUGGAGUUUGAGAGACAAUUGUAACCAAAGCAGUCAGUGUCACACUUGCAACAGCGGUUGACCGUUGCAGGCACGCAGCACGCAUCAGCACACAACAAAUCAUGUUCACGCUGCUGCAAACGCUUGUGCGUGGGUGCCGCAGCACACCCACAGACUUGACGCUGGGCUUCCUUGGACCCGGUUCUGCGGGCAAGACCAGUAUUGCGGCCGUGAUUCGCGGAGAGCCGUUGGAGGAAGUCUCAGAGACCAUUGGGCAGGAUGUGUUCCACUUUCGGAGAAAGAAGGCCAACAUCACCGCAUACGAUCUCGGUGGUGGCGAGCGCAUUCGUGGCAUCUGGGAACGCUACUACGCAGAGAUCCACGCGUUUGUGUUUGUCGUGGAUGCAUCUCAGCCUCUGUCAGAGGCACGGGAGGUGUUGUGGAACAUGCUGAAGCACGACUUUGUGGGCGGGAAACCAGUGCUUAUCAUGGCCAACAAGCAGGAUGUGGACACGGCCAGCUCGGCGCAGCUCGUCUCACGCGAACUCGCCAUUUCAGACCUUGCGUCAACACAUGGCAAGAGCCCUUUCCAGCUUGUGGAAGUGUGUGCAAUUCACUCUUCAAAGGCUGGCAUCCUCAAGGCUAUUGACUGGUUGAUAACGACGCUGUUGGAGGACUUUGAGGGCGCAACGCAGCGGCGCGCGAAAGAGAUGCAGCAGCAGGCGGAGGUUGAGGCAAAGGAGAUGAAGGAGAAGCAAGAGCGCAUUCGGAAACGAAGGGAGGAACGCGAACGAAAGCGCGCACUGGAGGAAGCAGCACAACAACAACAGGAGCAGAAAGAAGGGGACGAAGGGCAAUCAGAUGCACACGCAGCGAAAACACCGGCAGAUGAGGGCUAUCCACUGCCUGGAGAGGCGGUACCGUCAUCGUCGCCACCCAUCACGGCUGCCCCCGUGUCCCACGACCGCAUCGUGCCGCUUACAGAUACGGGCGAUGGCGACGAUGGUGACGAUGGCACAGAGACGCAGCGAACCAGGGACGGCGGCAGCGAAGAUGAGGGGGAUCGUACAUCGGUGAAGAACAGCGAUGACCUGGAGGUCGAGGAUAUGUCGAUGAUGGGAAGCAGAGCGGAGGGGGGUGAUGCGGAAGAAAGGACAAGCGACAACAAAGACAACAGCAGUGGCACCGGUGAUGGCGAUGGGGGUGAUGCAGCGAAGCAGGACAGUGGCGAACAACCGCAGAAGGAGCCGUUGUUCUCGCGUGUGAAUCCGCCGCUUCCGCAGUCGUUGAAUACAGACGACAGAAUAGCCGAUGCAUCGAGCAGGUCAAAGAAACAACCACAACCACAACCACAACCACAACAACAACGACAGCAGCAGCAGCCGAGUAGUGGUGUGAAAUUGGCGCCGCUGCAUCCACUGGAUAUCAUUUCCGCGGCCAAGAGCAUCAAGGACGCAUCUCUUAUCGAGCUCGUGCGCGCGGCGGCGAAGGCGUACGCGACGCUCAAGGGCGAGCCCGUGCCAAGCGAAGGCGACUUGCAGUGGAAGAUGUACCGUGCAGCAUGCAAGGAGUGCUGGCAGCAAAUAAUCAAACAGGCGCGCAAGGGCAAGCGCUUCAGCAUGGAUCGCCUCGCUAUCCAAGCACACACGGGCUGGUCCGCCAUCGUCAAAUACGCGUGGGAUGAGCGCGUGUACGGGCCACGACCACCGCAGCUGACGCCAUCGCCAGAGCAGUGGCCGCGCGAGCACUUUGAGACAGACGCGGGAUACGAGCAGUACCUGCAGCGGUGGGAGGAAGCACAGUCAUUUGAUGACCUCACAUACGAACAGAAGGAACGCUAUCGCCUCAUUGCAGAGGUUGAGCUGCACGUGUUCUUGCAGAAGAACCCGGCGUGGCGAAGCGUUCCCGUGAAGCACCGGCAGCAGAAGCUCUUUGAGUCGCUGCUUGUGCUCGAAUGUGUUUCCCUGCACGAGCCACAACUCUCCUCCACAGCAUAGUGUAACCAACCCCGAAGCCAAAGCCCUUACUUGAUCUUGCACGCUUUGUCUCGCCUGUUGUUAGGAUCGCUCGCUUCCCUCCAAACACGCGCGGAUGGACUAGAUUGCCGCCGCGAAAAGUUGCCGUGGCAUUGGCGUGUGUUGGCGUGUAAUGCGAAAUGAAAUUCGUCACAAA